CAAAUAUUGGUUCCUAAGUAAGUUGGUUUCGUUGUUCCCUAUGGCAUGCCUUUUGUUUCCCUGGGGAGUGGUUUGGCGUUGCACCUGUGUGUCUAGCGUCAGUGAGCGCUGAUGCACGGAGCUGCAGGGGAUGGACUUCACAGAGUUCUACGGAGCCACAGACUCCAGUGUUGCUGAAGCAGCUCGCUCAGGCUGUAGGAAGCAGGUGAGGAGGCUGAUAAAGAGAGGUUUCAGUGUGGACUGUCGGGACAUCCGUGGUUGGAAUGCCCUGCACGAGGCGGCAGCCGCUGGCAGCAAGGAGUGUGUGCAGGAGAUUGUGUCUGCUGCGGGCGCAGCAGGCUCCUCCCGUGGCUGUGCUGCCUAUGUGAACUCUUUGACUCAUGAGGGGCAAUCUGCAUGUUACCUGGCAGUGCAGGGUGGACACCUGGCAGUGGUCCGACUCCUCCUGAAGGCACAUGCCAACAUCAACCAGCUAACAAAUGACUUAUCAUGUCCUUUGUAUGCAGCUGUUGACGGCAGGCACAAGGAGGUUGUAGAACUGCUGGUCAGUAAAGGUGCAGAGGUCAACCGAACACACACUGCAUCCUGCUGGACCUACCUUCAUCAGGCUGUUUACAAGGGUCACAGUGAAAUUGUACGCAUUCUGGUCGAUGUGUGCAACCUGGAGGCUCUAGAUGACCACAAUAUCUCCCCUCUCUUUUUGGCUGCACAGUAUGGACAACAGGAAUGCCUGGAAAUUCUUGUUAAUGCUGGUGCCAGUGUGAGCAUCCAGGCCGCUGAUCUGGCCACACCGCUGCUGAUUGCCUCUCAGGAGGGCCACCAGGCCUGUGUGGAUUUCCUGUUGGACCACGGGGCAGAUCCUAAUCUAGUCUGCAGUCAUGAGUGGCCACAGCUUCCCAUUCAUGCUGCUGCUGAGUUUGGCCCCAUCGGUGUCCUCAGGAGGCUGAUAGCUGUUACUGAUCGAGUGUGUGACCGUGGUGAUGGCAUGGUGAGUCCACUCUACCUGGCCAUCCGCAGCCAUCAGAGCAAAAAAGUCGAGAUGCUCCUAAAGGAAGGUUAUAGCCCAGACGCCCAGGACUGCACACACAUCCUGGGCAUCCGAUCACCGCUCUCCUUGGCCUUGUGGUGCACAUCAAACGAACCCUACAGUGAAUCAGUGGGGUUGCUGGUAGCUGCAGGGGCAAGUUUGAGCGAGGAGGACUGGAUGUAUGCCCUCGCCACAGACAAAACAGACCUGCUGCAGCUGAUACUUGAGCACAGAUGGAUCCCUCGACAGGAGACUUUGACCGGGGACGGUUCUGAACCAAAUCAUGAUGGGAAAACUGUGUUAAAGCUGCAGGAACUGAGGGAGCUGCUAUGCGUGGCACUAAACCAAGUAAACUUUGCCGCCUGCUGGCUUCCUCUGCUUCUAAAGGCAGGACUGGAACCUUCUUUGCUGCUUCAACCCAUCAUGUUUGAGCAAGCAGACAGUGAGGUGUUGAAUUACCUGCUGGAGUUUGUAAACUGGUCGAAUCUGUCUCCCCCUUUGAAACAUAUUCUGGAUCGAAGACGGGCAGAGAAGAUGUGGGAACCCCGUCCACAUCUUGAGUGCAUUCCCUGUCUUUCCCACAUCUGUCGGCUGCAGGUCAGGUCAGUGCUGGGACCAGAUCUACUGAUGAGGACCAAUGUGGUGCAGCAGCUCCCUGUUCCCUCCCCACUUCAUGGCUUCCUCCAAUUCAGAGACAUCCCAGAAGCUACCUACGCACACUCACCGCCAUCAUCACCACUUUCAAAUCGAAUACAGGGAUACCUCAGCACACACCAACACAGACAUGUUCUAUAACCCCCUUGACUCUUCCCCUUUAUGUUGCAUUAAGUUGUUUUUUUAAGUCAUCUUAUUUCGCACCGUUUGAAAGUUUCAUAUAUCUAGCAGCUUGUUACAGCUCCUCGUGGCAGCUAAAUUAUGUUUCAGUGUAAUAUAUUUGUUUUGUGAAUUAUUUUACACACAUAUUUCCUCAAAAAAUCUGAAUAUUUUGUAUCUUUGAGACUACAGGAAUUGUAUAUAUAAAAGUUCUGGAUGGGUUUUAAACAAAGGUUUACUACACAAGUGGGCCGAGAAAGGUUUAAAAAGUAUUUAAACCAUUUGCAAAUAAAACUGUUGUUUUUCUGUAUAAUUUAACUAAUUUGUUUAUUUUGUUUGUUCAUGCUGGAUUUUGAUUCCCUGUUUGUGAU